AUGAAGUUUUUGAAUCUCCUGAUCCUCGCUCUCCCUGCUCGUUUUGCACUUGCGGCAACCUACAAUCUCGUCGACAACAUCCUGGGCACCGCCUUCUUGACGACUUUCAAUUUCCAGGCUAUAUCGGAUCCUACACAUGGAAGAGUGAACUACGUUGAUGCCAGUACGGCGCAGAGGUUGAAUCUCACCUACGCUGCGGGCGAUACCUUCAUCUUGCGUGCCGAUUCCAAGACAGUGCUCGACCCCAAUGGUCCCGGACGGAAUUCCGUGCGUAUCCAGUCCAAGAAGACGUACACUACCCACGUAUCGGUCUAUAACAUUCGUCAUAUGCCCCAAGGAUGCGGAACUUGGCCAGCGGUAUGGGAAAACGGUCCUAACUGGCCCAAUGGAGGAGAAGUAGAUGUCCUUGAAGGCGUCAAUGACAAAGGUCCAAACCAAGUUACUCUACAUACAAGCGCUGGAUGCUCGAUGCCGGCUUCGCGUUCCCAGACUGGGACGCCCGCGCAGAAUGAUUGCAACGUUGCGGUCAACAGCAAUGCCGGAUGCGGCGUGAAGAUGACCGACUCGCGAAGCUACGGCCCUGCCUUCAACAGCAACGGCGGAGGAUGGUUCGCUGUGGAACGAACAAGCACCUUUAUCAAGGCGUGGUUCUGGCCCAGAAAUGCAGGGAACGUACCGGCAGAUGUGAAGAACGGACAGACUGUCGUCAACACUGGCUCUUGGGGUACUCCUUCCGCGUAUUUCCCGAAUACGCAAUGCGAUAUCGCGUCCCAUUUCAAAGCGCACAAUAUUAUCAUUAACCUGACGUUCUGUGGAGACUGGGCGGGUUCGGCCUAUUCAUCAUCGGGAUGCCCUUCGGGUUGUGUUGACUUCGUCAACAAGAACCCAGGAAGUUUCAGUAAUGCCUUCUUCGAUUUUGCUUCCCUUAGGGUGUACACGUAG